AUGGAGCAGGUCAUCCUCAACGCGUAUAAGACCCAGACAGCCAAGCAAGUGCGCUCAGACAUCCCGACGAUCCUGCGCUCCUCUUUUCUGUAUGCCUCUUCGGAAGCCUUGCAGUUCUUCUGCAUGGCGCUAGGCUUCUGGUACGGCGGCACGCUGCUCGGCCACCACGAGUACAGCAUCUUCCACUUCUACGUCUGCUUCAGUGAGGUCAUUUUCGGCGCGCAGGCCGCAGGCAGCGUCUUCUCGUAUGCGCCCGGCAUGUCCAAGGCAAAACACGCCGCGGGCGAGCUGAAAGCACUGUACAGCCGCAAGCCCAAGAUCCACGGCCACAACGUGAUGCGCGGGCGCUGGUCUGGCGUUGGCGCCAGCGCUGCGAUGCGCAACGUCCUCCCCCUACCUCCCCGAUCGCUGCAGGGGUCGAUCGAGUUCCGCAAUGUGUACUUCCGGUAUCCCACGCGGAUGACGGUCCCCGUGCUAUCGGGGCUCAGCUUCUCGAUCCGGCCAGGCCAGUUUGUCGCGUUUGUGGGCGCAAGCGGGUGCGGCAAAUCGACGACGAUCGCCCUCCUGGAGCGCUUCUACAACCCGCUGCCAGGCAGCGGCGGGAUCUACGUCGACGGACGGGAUAUCAGCAGUCUGGACCUGCAGAGCUACCGGCGGCAGCUGGCGUUUGUCGGGCAGGAGCCGGCGCUGUUCCAGGGGACGAUCAAGGAGAAUAUCCUGCUGGGGAUGGAGGAGGGGGAGGUCGAUGACGGCCAGAUCAUCGCUGCGUGCAAAGACGCGAACAUCUACGACUUCAUCAUUUCACUCCCCAAGGGCGGGAUGUUGUCUGGGGGCCAAAAACAGCGCAUCGCCAUUGCGCGCGCGCUGCUGCGCGAGCCCCGGAUCCUGCUGCUGGACGAGGCGACCUCGGCGCUGGACAGCGAGAGCGAGCAAGUGGUGCAGGCGGCGCUGGACACGGCCGCGAGGGGCCGCACGACGGUGGCGGUGGCCCACCGUCUGAGCACGAUCCAGCGCGCAGACGUGAUCUACUAA